GGAAAAGUAGAGUGGAAAGUAAACCAGUCGGUAUCUGCAAAGAUAAAUAUGAUAUAUCAUUUUCAUAUACCUCGUGUUCUAUUAUGCAGUGUAUAAUUAUUGUUACAAAAUGAAAAGGAUAGAUUUUCUACACGGAGUAAUAUAUUUAUCUUUCAUUAUCCUGUCUCCAUUUGCUUUCAAUGUCUAUGGAUAUUUGGACGAACCUUCAUACACAGACACCACCCAUGAAAAUUCAUUCUAUGGAAAAACAACAGUACCCGUACGCGCUUACAGAGCAUAUGGGUUGUAUUUGUUAUCUGUGUACUGUUUUUUGUCCAUUAUAAUAAUUUCGUUAUUAGUGGACCCUAUCGCUAGACAAGUUUCAAGACUUCAAAUAGGAUGCUACCGUCCUCACUUGAUUUACCAUACCAUGGUCUGCCUAAUUCCAGUCGUCAUAAGAUAUGUAAACAUGAACGGCGAAAUACAAGAUGACGCCAUGCUACAUAUGCAAUGGAAAAAUCUUUAUAUAAUUAUUCUAUCAGUUGUGCGUUUUAUUUGUGCUUUCAUGAUAUCAAUAGCUCGAAGAUACAAACUAUGGAGACUGCUGUUAUAUAUAUUAACCACGAUAGUUCAUGCUAUUAUUGUUUUUAACGUUGUAUACAAUAUUUGCUCAACUUCUGAGGAUCUUUUAGACGUCAUGAAAGAAAGUAAUGGGAACUUCUUCACAAAAUGGUCUCAUGUUGAUCACAAGCAAUUACCAGGAAAUUCAUCUGAGCUUAACGUAAGUAAGAUGAACGUUAUUUAUAAUUUUCUACAUUUGGAUCAAAAUCUUUUCCUGAAUACGGGGGAGAAAAAGUACUUCUAUAAAAGUAAAUAUAAACUAACACAAAUAAAGGAAGGAAAUGAACAAAGGCUCCCAUAUCAUCGUGAAGUACAUGUUAUAAGUACUGGAGAAAGUAUCACCCUUCACUGUAAUGCUUUAUUGAAUGGAAAUACAUGUAACUUAGGACGCGUUUUCUGGACUUCAAGGGGAAGAAAUGUAUCUUCAAUCAAUAGCCAAAGCAAAAUAACAACAGACUUCCAGAGGGUUCAAGACGAUAAGAUGUCUGUGAAAAGUUCCCUUCAAUUUGAUGCCAGAAAAAAAUCAGACUUUGGGAAAUAUAGCUGUUCUAUUUAUUUUGAAGAUUUUUCCAUUGAGUCGCUUUAUUAUCAGAACAACAAAGCAAGUACAUUCAUUAAGGCGUCUGAAUAUCUCAUUGGCCAGUACCACAUAAAAAAAUAUAGAGGAAACAAAUAUUUUGUAUAUGCGACACCAGGUAGUGUUGUUAACCUUGAAUGGAGUCCAAUGUCUUUUAAGAGUGAACGACGUGACAUCUUUCAGUAUUAUUAUGUUAAUGGUGCCCUUUAUUCGAAUGGAAAAAAUGGGAGGUGUUCAGCAUUUUCGUAUCUAUAUAUUUUGUAUGGAAAGUUAAUGAAUUGGUUUACUAUUCCCGAGUUCUCUUCAUCUUCGGAUAUUUUACUCAACCGUUUUGAAUCCUACCAAACACACUUCCUUGGAUGUGCAGUUGAUGGGUUCUUUGGAGUUCACAGAGUUGUGUAUUUGCGUCGAAUAUACGACAAAAAAUCUCGAGCUGACAUCUUUAUUGAAGUUAAACAUCCUGACACUCUGAUUGUUUUGCCCGACCAACCUUAUUUCUUUAAAAUGGACAACACAACAAAGGCAGACAAAGAGAAGAUCAUACGAAAAAUUCAAGAUUUCAAUAUGGAAUAUACAUGGUUUGAAAACACCCAUAAAGGGAUACUAGCAUUUCUUCUUAUCAUUGAAGUUUCAGUCCUCCUUCUUAUAAGUAUUUCUCUAAAAUAUGUGUUAUCAAAAAUAUGGCAUAUAUACACACGCUUUGUAAUUCUGCCAAUAAGAAGUUUCUCUUUAGGAAAACCAAUUCUGGAGAAGUCGGAGAGCAAUAUUGUUGAAUUUGGUAAGGAAUACUCGUGCUACGUAGUUUCUGGUGACAGUGAUAAAGAACUUGUCUACAAUAGCCUUGUUCUUCCUUUGAGAGAGAAAAAUAUCACGACAGGAUUUAUUUUCGAGGAAUGUAACAUAAACAAAAGUGGCAAAUCUGAAUUUGACAUUCAAAGCGACAUUAUCAAACAAUGUGAAAACUUGAUUUUUUUCGUUACAUCUUCAUAUUUGAAAGAAGAAGCUUUUCUAGGCAUUCACCUCGAUACGGUUCUACAGUGUAUUCAGAUGGAGAACAUGUCUCCAAACAGUGUGUUACUUAUUUUCUCCGAUUCCUGUGAAUUACCUGAUAAAUUACGAUAUAACUUACCAGAGGCAGUUGUACACGACUGGUUAAAAAGUACCAACCAUGGAUCUCAUACUCAAGUGGAUUAA